AUGAGUUCUCCGCGGGUAUCUUCUACUACAAUACCAACUGAUAGUCAGUCAGCAUCUACAGUCACGUCUACGCCCACCGCCAAUCCAUUGGAUAAUUCUCAUGUGUUUAUAUUAGAUGAAAAUAAACUAUCAGCAGCCGGGAACCCGGAAAAGCAAGAAAUAUACUUGUUUAAUUGGCUCGCUAGCGCAGAACGAGAACUGCUUAGGGCGAGUAAGCAAAGUCUAAAAACCUCCCAAUCUCAUCUUGAAUCCGCUCUUUUCAAAUGCUUUUCCUUGCCCUCUCCCAAACCCCAUCGUCCUAUACGACAACUUCUUGGCAGAUGUUUCGUGUUGAUUUAUACCAACGGGGAUACAAGAAGUUUAUUUGAUACGAUCACGAAGCUGUGUGGGAUUUGCAAGGGUGAAGGCAAGGGAAGUGGUGGAGAAAAGGAGGUGAGAUUAGCCGCUUUACAUUGCGUUGGAGUAAUAAUGAAUGCUCUCGGUGAUAAGAUGCUGUCUUUGGUUCCAGAAACACUUGUUGUUUGCUUGAAAAUCAUAAAAACUUCAUCUAGCCCACUAAUUCUAAAACUGGAGUCUAUCGGCGCAAUAAAACGAAUUUUGGAGGGUUCUGGGAAAGGAGCGAAUGAAGCGACAAUAAAAGACGUUAUAAAGCAGAUGAAGUCAGGACUCGGAGAUAAAGCAUUGAUUAUCAGAGUUGCGUCUAUCGAGUCCAUUUCGCAUAGCGAUAUUGAUCAUUACAUAAUGCAAGUAUUCAAAACCCUUGAUCCGCCUAACCCAACCGUUCGUCGAACAGCCGCAUCGUUCAUUUCAACACUCCUCGCUCAGACUCAAUUAAAUUCAACCUUUAUGGCGCCUACGUCAACUUUAAAAUCUAAACCAUCCCAAAAACAAGGAAUGCAAGGACAAGGUGAAGAUAAUGAAGGCGUAAUUGUAGGCAACACAGAAGACGACGAAGAACGUGGAGGGAUGUCAGUAGAAGAAAUGCUUAGAUUUCUGUCGGGGUGGUACAACAAAAAGGAAACUACACGAGAGAUGAAGAGUGUCAUUAUCGAAGCGUAUGCUGGGCUGUUCAUUCAAUUGGGAACAAAAUACGUAGAAAAUAACUACACCUCAAUCGUGAAACACUUACUUUUCGACAUAGUAUCCAAUGCCCGCAAUACAUCCACUCGCUUUUCAAUCCUGACCGUACGCUCACACUGCUCACUUCUUCUUCGUGAUGUGAUUUCCACACGUCUCCUGACCGAGCAAGGUCAAGUACAGGCAAUCCUUUCCCUUUCUAAUAACAUUCUGAACAGAUACCAAUCUCCACAACAAACUGACGUGGAAGUGUCAAAAUAUGCGUUGAUAUGUGCGAUUGAUGAAAUUUCGGGUUUAUUUAUUGAUCUUGGAGGGGCUGCCAGCGCAAUUGGGGAUACAGUUAUCGAGCAGUUGGUGAAACUGUUGGAACAUCCAAGCUAUUCAGUGCAGAUAGCGGCUAGUUGGUGCCUAAGAAGUUUUGCGUUUUCAAUGCCAGGACUGCUGACUGGAUUGAUUACCAAAGUUCUCGGGUUACUGAACAAGAGUAUUAGUAACACGAAUAAUAUGAGCAAUGCUAGUGUAUCGUUUGAAUUGCAUAAAAAGACAGUAGGCUAUGCGCAUGGUCUAGCAGCCUUGCUGAGCGUAAUACCUGCACGACCACUUGACGUCUCUUUCGAGCUAAGUGCCCGAGUAUUCUCUCUCUCUACUUCGCUCAUCAAGUCGAGCUCCAACAAAGAACUUCCAAUCGCUAGCGUUCACAAUCAGGUCGCAUGGAUCUUGAUAGGUUCGUUAAUGUGUUUGGGUCCUAAUUUUGUAAAACUGCAUCUACCACAGCUGUUGUUAUUAUGGAAAACGGCUCUGCCAAAGGCACCGACAAAGGAAGGAUACGCAAAUAGGACCGAGAUAGAAUGGGCGUUCAUGUUACACGUUAGAGAAUGUGUACUAGGAGCCAUAAGCUGUUUCUUGUUACAUAAUGGAAGAUUGGUUACUCCCGACGUAGCCAAACGAUUAGCAGCCCUUCUCUCGAACACGCUGAAUUUCAUCUCUUUAGUGCCUCCUGCUUUUCUUUCUGCAAUGCCAUCAGCGCCCUCUCCCAUACUUCCCCCUUCGCUUUCGUUAGCUGAUCGAAUCGAAAUGCUUCAACGUCGCAUACUUCAAUGCUUUCUGGCCAUUAAACCAAUCACCGCUUACGACAACUUAUCUUCACAGUUGCUGAAAAUGUGUUUAUCCAAUUUUGCGGAUCCCGAUAAGAGCACCGGAUCAUCUAUUACAGCAGCUAUUACAAGGGAAGAGGACAAGAGAAGUAGACGUAAAGACUGGUUGAACAGAGAUAUGGUAGAGAGUGAAGUAGAGAAUCUGCUGGAGAGACCAGUACUUGGCGCUCCUGAACAUGACUCGUUAAUGAUAUAUACUACCUUUUGGUCUUCUGCGUCGUCUCUUCAUAUCCCCAAACCCCAUUCUCCUGCUACAACAGUAGUUGACUGUAGCAUCGAACUUUUUUCUACCCUGUUCCCAUUCCAAAACGCAACAUCUCAACUGUCAUUACUGGACCAAUUAACAAAGUCGGUUCGCAACCCCAAAUUAGACAAAAUUCCUGGACGUAAAAUGGCUAUACAAGUCAAUGCGGUAGUAUCAAUUUUAGGGGCGUUUACACAUAUAAUGACGUCAUCCAGUAAGAGAACAGACGAAUCCAUGCCGUGUAUAGCAGAUAAGAAUGUGGGAACAAUGGCGAUGGAAUUGCUGCAAGAAACCAUAGUCCAUUCUGAUCCAUAUCUUCGCAACGUAGCCAGCGAAGCACUCGGCAGACUAGUAAGCAUUCUUGGUGGAUCUCUGAUUCCGGAACAGAUACAAACUCUAGUUGAUCAAGUGGUCAAUAAUAGAGAUCCUGAUUCACGAGCAGGUAGCGCACUUGCGCUUGGGAACAUAUACAGUCAUGUAGGAGGAAUGGCAGCAGGGAACCAUUUGAAGACAAUAGUUGGAAUACUGCUCUCGCUCAGCAGUGAUCCUCAUCCGGUAGUACAUUUCUGGGCAUUACAUUCACUUUCGCGGACGAUAGAAUCUGCCGGAUUAAUGUUCUCACAGUAUGUUAGUAGUACUUUGGGUAUAAUUGCAAAACUAUAUAUGGCCGAAACACAUGAACCAGGCGGUGGCUCAGUUGGCACCACGAAUGUCGGAUUAGGCUGGUCAGCAUAUCAACAAUUCGGUAAGAUAAUUUACGGGCUUAUCGGCACACUUGGACCUGAACUCCAGCAGAACAUAAAAAUCCGUGAUUUAUGUCUACGAAUUGUAACGGAGCUAAAGAACGAUACCGAGGCUUCCGUUGUUGUUGAAUCUAUUCGAUGCAUUCAACAUUUUAUCAUGUUUGCUCAACAACACAUUGACCUUCCAUCUUUAAUCUCAUUUUUGCAAUUGCAAUUAUCGAGCAUGCAUCUACCGUUGAAGAAAGUGGCUGUUACUUGCUUGUAUCAGUUGGUACAACGAGAUGCAAAAAAAGUUUUUGAAAUUUCAACGGGUUUAGAUGAUCAAUUGUUCUCGUUGCUGGAUACAGAUCCAUCAGUAGACGGUGUGAGAGAUAUAGUACUUAGUUGGUUGAAGCAAACGGCGAUAAAUAGCCCAUCGACGUGGGUCGAAGUGUGUAGAAAAGUAAUGUCUAAACAGGGAUCUACAUCCGGGAGUAAUUCUCUUGCCGUGUCAACGUUCAAUGAGUCAGAUACAACCAAUGGGGACUUUUUUGAAAAUGAAGAGGAAAAUAUAAACACAUACACAUCUUUCGACAAUGAAACUGAAGACUUUUCUGUUGCCUCUCCGACUCAUUCUUCCUUCCCUACAACCGCGUCCACGUCCACAUUUACUUCUUCGACUGUUCCUUCCCGUCCAUCGCACAAUACUCCUUCUGAUCAAAUACAUAUUCCACCCCGUUGGCGAACACAAUUGUUUGUUUUACAAUGUCUGAGACAAGUGGUCGAGGUUAUACAUUCACACGGUAUCAGGGAACACUUUGAUUUGCUUGUUGCACGAGAAGGAAAAGAUAAAGACUAUCUCGUGUUGAGAGUAGGCGAAUUGAUUAAAAUGGCCUUUACUGCUUCCACGGCCUUGGUGGGGGAAAUGAGGUUAGAAGGAUUGGAACUGUUGAGAGAUGUUAUUGAGAAAUUCGCUGCUACGCCCGAUCCCGAUUUCGAAGAAGCUGCAUUAUUAGAACAGUAUCAGGCUCAAAUAGGUGCUGCAUUGACACCGGCCUUUUCUUCGGAUACUUCUCCAGAGAUUCUCUCAGCUGCUGUCAAAGUCUGCGGGGUGUUUGUUGGCAGCGGGAUUGUGAAGGAAUUAUAUAGAAUGGGUAGAAUAUUAAAGUUGCUUACGACUGCAUUAGAAAAUUGUAAAGAUUCCAUCCCAAGGAAGACGUCUUCCUCGGCGCCCCUAUCUCCACACGCAUCCAUCAUGGUCCGUCUUUCCAUAAUCAAUGCCUGGGCAGAGUUACAAGUUUCGACCCUAAAGCAACCCUACCUAAUUCAGGUUGUUUCUCCAAACUUGCCUCUCUUAUGUCCACUGUGGGUUUCAUCCUUAAGGGAUUAUGCGAGAUUACAGGUUGAGGAGUGGAUCGAGAUGGAGGGGAUAGGAGGGAACGGAAAGGGAAAGGGGAAUGAUGGAGGAGGGAUAUUGGGGAAAGGAUUAGGGCAGGGGGAAGUGUUUGAUUCUAUGUAUGGUGGAUUGACGAGAGAGGUUAUAUUGCCGUAUUACAACAAAUCAUGGUUGACCAUCCUGGGAGCAGUUGCAAGUCUAAUAGAAGUGGAUAAUUCAUUGAUCGCUCAAUCGCUCAACAAUGAAACUCCCCCAACUACUCCCCAAUCAUCGGCAUCCGCAGCAAUAUCGACAGAGACCAUACACAAACCAGCUAGUCAAUCUCUGACAUUUCCUAUCCUCUUUGGUUUAUGUAUCCAAUCCCUUUCGUCCUCCCAAAUUUCGCCGAAAAUUCUCCGAGUCUGCCUUGACUCGUUGGCAUCCAUAUUGAAGCCUUCUUGUGUCGGUGAAUCUUUUUUGGAAAAGGCUGUGUUCCUAGAAAUGCUUAGCUUGUUCGACAAAUUGGUAAUUGUGGAAGGUAUUCAGGUGCAAUUUAAGGUACUGAACAUCAUUAAGAAUGUGACAAGAGAUUUUGGAAAGUGGUGUUGCGAUGACUUGGAUACUGGGAGGUUAUUGGGAGAGCAUAAUAACCCGAUGACAGUUGAUGACAGCAAGAUCAAUAAGGAUACUCCAACAGGAAACGUUCUACCUGUGGUUGUGUUCAUAUACGUUUCGAUGAUAACUCACAAGGAUUUUCAAGCUGAUCUUGUUCCACACGUUCUUGUGAAUCUGAAAUUAAUCCUCGAGAGUCUCAGUGGGUGUGAACUCGUUGAUAAAGACUUGCUGGAAAGAGUUAUCGCAGUGACCGUAGAGGCUCUCUCAUCACGGGUUUGUGAUGUUGUCGGUGUUGGAACGGAUAAACUAUCUGAAGAAGAAUGUUUGGUUGUUAAACACAGUUUAUUAUCCGUCACGCUCGUUCUUACAACUAGUACGAACGUCACCGUCCAUAGUCGAUUGCUGGAACAGUACGCUGGAAUAUUAAAGAUGUGUUACUAUUUACCUCAGCCGAUGAUCGCUACAACAGCAUUCCAUUGCACUCGCACGCUUUUCUUACUCGCAAAACGGACAGUUUCUUCGUCACCUCCCUCAUUGGCUCAAACCUUUACAAGGCUUUUGAUUCCGCAGAUCAUAGAAUAUGUCAAAAGUGUCAAUGAGAAAGGAUCGAAAGACGAUGAUGGUGAGAGCAGGGAGCAUAUAGAUGUGAAUGUUGUGGAGGAAGCAUUAAAGAGUCUAUCGAGUGUUGCCAUGGUAGUUACUGAUGCUCAACCUUCAGUCACUGGGUAUUUCCGUGAGACCGAAUGGUCAUAUACUGGAUUUUUAAACGCCGUGAAAUAUGUCAGCAAACACAACACAAAUGAACAAAUACUUCGAGCUACGGAUCUGAUUUACGAGGUUGUAAUCGUCUAUUGUGCACAUAUCGUCUCGUUGACAGCAAAAUCUAUGCAAACUCCCGAAGAGAAGGUAUCGCCCCUCAACUCUCGGAUAGGUGACGUCCUCGGCGCAAGUAAAUACACCUCAGAAGUCACGGAAUUUUGGAGAAAUUAUGAACGGAAUAAAAGACUUCAAGUGAAACAGGUCCGAGUUAAUGCACAGUUCAAAGCAUUAGAAAUUCUUGAUACUGCAACUAUCAAUCAAGGCAAUUUACUUGUCACCCAGAUAUCAGAAGCCCAGAACAGACAAUCGGACACAACUUGUGACAAUGAACAUAAUAAUAUUGAUGAUGACGAGAACCCUUUUAUCUUUUACAACAAUGAUGAUGAAAGUUCAGGAUUUGGAAAGAUAGAUGACAACAAGUCCGAGAAACGUUGCCUGUCUGAAGAAUCAUAUCCCAAGAUUUGGAAGAUUGACAAACAUCUAUCUGUUGAAUGUGUGCUUACGUCUGGAGAGAAUUUUACGGAAAUAUGGAAAAUAUACUUGACUAAGAUAAUCUUGAAUGAGCGGAGCGUGGAACAUGACCUUAUUGUGAAAACCUUUGAGAACCCUUUACUCAAAUCUUUGUGUUCAGAAGCAUCAUGGAAGCAACUCAGGGGGAAACAAUUGUCUCUUGCGGAGGAGAAAGGAUUAGAGAAAUUUCAACCCCUUUUUCAAGGAGGCGCUGAAAAUAGUAAACUCUCUUUACUGCAACAGUUUUUCAAGAUAUGUGCAACGAUGGGGGAAGAGGAUAAUGUCUCUCCAUUCGAACAGUAUGCAUCACUCGUGAUCCAUCAUUUUAUUAGUGAAAUUACAACCCAAACAAACGUCAUUUCAAAUCGUUCUACAACUGAAGCAAUGUGGAGUGUAAUAAUUAGUAUCGUGAUUGGAAAGGCCAUACGCGCAGAUGAUAUUGAAUAUAUAUGGGGAGAAGUUGAAUUGGAGUCGACGGCAUUCCGAAGAGACGGUGGUAAUGAUGUUUUAUCCGUCUUGAAAAACGAAGACAGGAAAAAGACGGCUGAAGACCUUUACAAGUUACUUCGAGAAAUGAGGGACAUGAUUCAUAUUACUAAAGGAAAAAAACGUAAACAAGGCUACAAGAUACCAAGAGAAGGUUUACGUGUAUAUGGCGCACAAUGUCGUGGAUAUGCAGUAGACCUGUACGAGAUGGAUUACAUAAAACCUUUCUACGUCGUCCGUAGAAUCGGAACUGUUGUAAUUUGCCAAAGUAAUAGUAAGAAACUCGCCUUUGUUUUACGAAUGAUGUGGGCAUUUAGAGAAAGGAUAAGCACUGCGAACAAGGUCUGGGACAAUUUGGAAAGUAGAUAUGAAACUCAUACACCGCAAAGCUCGUCUGAUGACGGAGAUGAUUACGCUAAGGCGACACCGAAAAAACGUAUAAAACUUGCUUGCUAG